AUGGCUUCUCUAUUACGGCGGGCUACAAGGCCAUCAACACUACAAAGCUUUACUAGAUAUGGCACGCGGUCGAUAUCAAGCCAAUUCGGCUUCCAGCCGCAAUGGAGUCCACAGCAGCAGGACCAACAGACACCGCGCGCCAUCUCACUGCCGAUACCCUACGUGACGGAGACUACUGGUGGAGGCUGGAAAACUUCCGACAUCUUCUCGCGUCUCCUGCAAGAGCGCAUCAUCUGCCUGAACGGCGAAGUUGACGACUACAUGUCCGCCAACGCUGUCGCCCAGCUCCUCUUCCUCGAAGCCGACAACCCCGAGAAACCCAUAUCCAUGUACAUCAACUCGCCUGGUGGCAGCGUGAGCGCCGGUCUUGCCAUCUACGAUACCAUGAACUACAUCCGCUGCCCAGUCAGCACGAUAUGCAUGGGCAUCGCAGCCUCCAUGGGAUCACUGCUGCUUGCAGGCGGAGCCGAGGGCCAGCGAUACAUAUUACCACAUGCGCGAGUCAUGAUACACCAGCCGAGUGGCGGAUACCGUGGCAAGGCAAGCGAUAUCGCGGACCAUGCCAAAGAGAUCCUUAGGAUACGGGACAAGCUAAACAAGAUAUACCAGUCGCAUGUUACGAAGAAGAGGACGUUGGAGGAGAUUGAGAAGUACAUGGAGCGCGACUACUUCAUGGACGCGCAAGAGGCGGUAGACUUUGGUAUCGUGGACAAGAUACUAGAAAAGAGAGAGGCGCCGGCUAAGGAAGAGGAGAAGAAAUAG